AUUGAUUCACUAGGUUAUGCAGACUUGUAAAUGUUGACAUAUUUUAAUAUACAGUUUUAAAAAGUCACAUUAAAAAAGAAAACCACUCAAGAGUAACGUCAGGGAAGACAGCAGAAUGAGAAGGACCAGGAAUCUGUGUCUCCACUUAGACAACAAUUAUAUUGGCAGAAACUGUCUGCAUUGACUAUUUUGGAACCAUAGAAUCUAUUUUAACAUUUAAAGCUUUCAGGGGAAAGCUUGUCUGGUAAUUAAGGUUAAUAUUGGUCAGUGUAAACCUUUGGUGUGGUAGCAGCUACCCAUAUCCCUCCCCGCAGCUCUCUGACAGGCAAUUAGGAGGUUGAGAAUCCACAUUUCUGGUGUAACUUUCUGGAGCCAGGAUGGGCAAUAAAGACCUUGUCCUCCAAAUAUUGAAUGUGUUCUGGUUGCUAAUGGCCUCUGAUCAAAAAGGUGCAGAAACAGAGUCUGGUGGCCAUUGUUUCAUUCCCCACUGUCAGAAUGUCCUAUAUAUAUUUUUUUUUUGGACUUUCAAAAACAACUGGUCAGACCAGGUACUGGUGCCACGUGGCGCUGGUGGGAACGCAUCUCACCUGGGACAGGACCCGGAGCGGGAGUGUCUCAGUGGGCCGGCUUGGGGAACGGCAUGUCAUCAUCUUUGGGAAAGCCAGUGACUCCUCCUGUGAAUCAGAUCCAAGAAACAAUUUCUGAUAAUUGUGUGGUGAUUUUCUUGAAAACAUCUUAUUCUUACUAUACGGUGGCAAAAAAGCUUUUCCAUGACAUCAAUGUUAACUGCAAAGUGGUGGAACUGGACAUGGUUGAAUACGGAUGCCAGUUCCAAGACGCUCUUUACAGAAUGACUGGUGAAAGAACUGUGCCAAGAAUAUUUGUCAAUGGAACUUUUAUUGGAGGUGCAACUGACACUCAUAGGCUUCACGAAGAAGGGAAAUUGCUGCCAUUGGUUCAUCAGUGUUAUUUAAAGAAAAGCAACAAGAAUUUUAGUGAUAGUAAAAUGCCAGUUAUUUAAAGUGAUAAUGCCUGAUGAUGCCUUUUGAAUAUUUGAGGAUCUUUAAAUAUGAGAAUUACCUUUAUGAAAACAUUAUAAAAACAAUGAACAAUAAAUCACUGUGGAAACCUCAAAAAAAAAAACAACAACAAACAACAACAACUGGAGACACCAAGACGGCGCAGUAGGUAGACGCUGUGUUUACCUUCUCUCACAACCACAUCAAAAUUACAACUAAUCUACAAAACAACCAUUCUUGAGACUCGCCUAAAAAUCAAGCUGAACUGAAGUCUUUAAACUUCAGUUCAGCUUGGACAUGCAGAAGAAGCUACCUCUAGACUGGUAGGAAGGGCAGAGACAUGGAACAGUCUGGUCCC